AUGUGCAGCCGAGUGAUGCUGCAAGACGCUCGGUCUAACAGAAGCCCCCUCAGGGGCGACCCUCGCAGGAACUCCAUCCCCCCCACACAGACUCUUACUGCCAAGCAUCUUCUGGCGUACCUGCCCCGACCACAGCUAGACGCCCUGCAGCGCCCUCCUCACACCAACCAGGCUGAAGCUAAAUCCACCGUCACUGCCAGGUUAACCACAAGAGUCUCCGUCCUCCCCAGCUUGAAUGGCAGCAGCUUCGAUAAAUGCCCCCCUCCUCCAACAUCCUGGGAGACCCAGAGCUCCAGCAGCCAAUCCUCUCAGACUCUGAGCAGGGAGGAGACCCCCAGCCACUGCACCCUGCAAACACCUUUCCUUGAAACAAUAGAAGAGAUCCCGAAGCCUAACCGCCUGCACCGCGGCCGGCACCUUAAGCGUUUCAGCUCCAAAUGGUGUACAAACAGUGCCAUUGGCGGCAACAUUCCCAUCCAUGCUAAAAAGAAACUGUGUGGUGACAAGACCCACAAGAAGCACUGUAAGUUGCUGGGCGACGAGCGCCUCUUACACGGCCCCACCAGUAACCAGCGUCAGCGUUACGUAACCAAGGACGGCAAGUGUAGGGUCAAUCUGGGCCCCAUUGAGGACAAGAGCCGCUUUAUUUCAGACAUUUUCACGACACUGGUCGACCUCAAGUACCGUUGGUUCCUCUUUGUUUUCACCAUGUGCUACAUUCUCACAUGGGUGGCCUUCGCUGAGAUCUACUUCCUGGACGCCUGGCUGCGUGAUGACGUGGCUCAUGUCGGCGACCAACAGUGGCAGCCAUGCUUUGAGAAUGUGGACACUUUCCUGUCGGCCCUUUUACUGUCAGUAGAGAGCCAAAGAACUAUUGGCUAUGGUUCCAGGAUGGUGACCGCCAACUGCCCAGAGGGUGUGGUGCUCCUAAUGGCCCAAUCUAUCUUGGGCUCCAUUAUUGAUGCCCUCAUGGUGGGCUGCAUGUUCGUCAAGAUCUCCCGGCCACAGAAGCGAGCUCAGACGCUGAUCUUCAGCAAGCACUGUGUCAUAUGUGAGCGCGAUGAGAAGCUCUGCAUGCUCUUCCGCAUUGGCGAUCUGAGGGAGAGCCACAUGGUUGACGCCAAGGUCCGGGCCAAGCUGAUCAAGUCCAGGCAGACCAAGGAGGGCGAGUUCAUCCCUCUGGAACAGUCGGAGAUCAAUCUGGGCUACGACACUGGAGGAGACAGGCUGCUGUUAGUGGAGCCCCAGACCAUCACUCAUCUCAUCAGUGACAGCAGCCCCUUUUGGGAGGUGGGGGCUGGGAGUCUGAAGAGGGAGACGUUUGAGAUCAUUGUCAUCUUGGAAGGAAUUGUGGAGGCUUCAGGUAUGACAUGUCAGGCCAGAACAUCGUACACAGAAGAUGAGAUCCUGUGGGGUCACCGAUUCGAAUCGUGCAUGUCCUUGGAGAAAGGGGCAUUUCGCGUGGACUAUACUGCGUUUGACAAAACCUUCGAAGUGCAAAUGUCCCCGCUCAGUGCGAAAGACAGGAGCGCGACCAAGGAGCAAUAA